GCCGCACAGUGCUAAGCCAGACAUGGGCACUUCCAUUGUUAUGAAUGGUGCCAGACGGACCUUGUCCAUCAUCACUUGGCGUCAGAGUCGCCCAGACUCUGUUGCCUAGAUCUUCCAGAGUUCAUCAACCGAUGUUUUCUGUCAUCUGCAGACAUUCUGAGGAGUGCUUUCAGGAGAAUAAACAUGUAUAAAUAACCUCAAAGACAGUCCCGUCAGCCAUAUUCUUUCCAUAUUUGAGACAGCAAGCUGCUUUACUUAAUAUUAGGAAGCACAUCUCGCAAUCUCGAAGCCUCCCAACCACGCUCGAUAAGAUGCAGCUCACUCGCUUCCUCGCCGCCUGGCUCCUCCCAGCAUUGGCCAUGGCCCAGACAACUACUUUCCAGACGUCAACCAUCACUUCCACGGCCACGGCCACAGCCCCCGCCACUCCGUCUCCCACCAUGCCCGGUCUAGCUCCCGACUGUGAUGGCUUCCACAAGCUCGUAGACGGCGAGAACUGCUUUGGGAUUGCCUCUAAGUACGGCAUUACCAUGGACCAGCUUUAUACCUGGAACACGAUUGUGAAUGCUGCAUGCUCCAACCUUUGGGCCGGUUACUACAUGUGCGUACAUGUUCCAGGUGCCGAGGCGCCGACUAAGCCGGAACCUCAGAUGCCUGGCGUCGUCGAGAACUGCCAGGAGUUCUACCAGGUCAAGGCCGGAGACAGUUGCUGGUCCAUAUACACCGAAGCCGGCAUCACCUAUGAGCAGCUCCGUUCGUGGAACAAGGGGAUCGAUGCGGCCUGUGGAAACUUGUGGCCCGACUUUUACGUUUGUAUCGGUGUGUAAGGGCGAGGCUUGAAACCUGUCAAUGCUACACCUGGGAUGGGCCUUGUUAAGACUUUUGGAUUCUCGUCGUUCUUUUGUUUUCGUUUAAUGCUUCCUCGGACUUGCUCUCUGAUCACUCCAUGAUGCUUGACAUCUCAUUCGGAGAGAGGCUAUUUAUAUUUUAUUUCCUUUUUUUACCUACCCCCCAUCCCUAAACUAGCUUAACUAACAACAACACAAUUUAAUAUCAAUGUCAUCAUUGGCCAAUACUAACGGGUACGUUAAGGGCUGUAUGGAGCACGCUUCAACCAAGCUAGGAAGCCCAUAUCUUAUGCAGGUAUGGGGAUCAUCAUGCACCUGCUUGAAUUGGAGUCGCAACUGUAUUUGUACCACAUGUUAUAUUCAGAAGUUUAUUCAAAUUUGAUCGGUG